UGUUCCGUUCCGCAAGGAUUUUCGCGUCGCGUUAUUUUCGUCCCCGCGGGAACCAUGUCCCUGGCGCUAAUCCAGCAGCUUGCGUCCUCCGACGUGUGCUGCCGCUUCUGUUUGCAACAUUCCUCGGACCAGCCGCUGAGCGCCAUUUACGAACCGGUUCCGUCCAAACCGAGCAUCAUCACGAUCAACACUACGAUCCGGAAUGUGCUGGUUUUGCUUGGGAUUCAGAUCUCGCAAAAUGAUCCGUACCCUAAUCUGAUCUGCAGCACUUGCCGGAACUUGCUGUUUUCAAUCGAAAAGUUUAAAGAAACCGCCCGGGAAUCGGUGCUGGCACUUGACAAGGCACGAUUGCUGCGGGAGUUUCCCACGGUUAAGUUUGACGAGGUGACGCAAGCGUCACCGCAGGAAGCUUCGGAAGAAUUCCAGGUGGGGGAAAUUGUCGUUGAAGUUGAGGAAUGUCCGGAAAAAGUGGAAGAAGUUCAGGAACCAGAGGUAUUUCACGAGGAAGAUUCGUUUUAUUUAGAGGAAGUGGAACCAACGCUGAAAGAGGAAGUUGAUGAAGCUGCUGCCAGUGAAUAUGCAGAAACGGAAUGGAUCACUUACGACGAAGAACCGGAAGAGGGGGGUUGCACGGUUGAGCAGCUUGAGGAACCAAAUGAUGAAGACGACACGGAGACAAUUUACCUGGAAGAGGAACUCGAGCAGGAAAACGAACCAGAAGAAGAGCCCAACCCAAAUCAACCCACCAAAAAGGGCAACAUUUGUCCAAUUUGCGGCAAAACCUCAACCGCCAUGGUCGUCCACAUGCGAAUUCACACCAACACCCGGCCCUUCACCUGUGACCAAUGCCCGAAGGCUUACUUCACCCGGAACAAGCUCAAAGUCCACGUGGAAUCGGUCCACUUCGGGGCACGGCCACACGCCUGCGAAAUUUGCCUCAAAUCCUUUGCCCUCCGAAAGACACUGAACGCGCACAUGCAAUCGCACCUGACGGAAGCGGACAUGGAAUUUGGCUGCGAUGGCUGUCCGAAAAAGUUCGCCUUCCGGUGGGCGCUCGAGAAGCAUCGGCGAGCGGUGCACACCGGUGAGCGGCCGUUCGUUUGUACGUUGGACGGCUGCGGCAAGAGUUUUGCGUCCUCGUCGAAUCUGCGCCAGCACCAGAAAACAAACGCCCACUGGAGUGCGGACCAGCCGCGGCGCGAUGUUUGCGGCGAUUGUGGGGUGGAGUUCAAGACCAAGUAUGCGCUGAGGGCGCACCGGAAGGUGGCGCAUCCGGCGGCGAAGGUGAAGGUGGUGGAGAGGGCGGAAUACCACGCCGCCGCUGUCAACCCGGUAGGCCGGCCACCGGGCUGCCCGGACGAGGCGAUUUUCAACGAGCUAUUCCAUUCACCGUGGGACUACGUCGCGUACUGCGACGGCUCCAACGAUGCGGCCCAGGACAAAGCCUUUCUGCAACAGCUGGCGGCCAGCAUCGGAUUCACACGCCAACCAAAAGCCCUGGAAAUGUUCCUGAAACGAAAGCACGCCGUCAUCACCGAACGGCUGGGGCUGGAGUUUUUGAAACCGAAAGUUCGGUGCCCGCGAAGGGGUCGGAAGUCCCGUACAAAUUUUCACCGCUUGCGCGAAUUUGGGAGUUUCGGUGUUAAUGGCUCGAGCUUUGGAUGUUGAUUUUUUUUGUCAAGA